CCCUUUUUCAGGGGCGUAACAUGUAUACCUCCACUACACACCUGGGAACCAUGAUGAACUGCUAAAACCGUCAACCACUUCACAUCAUUUAGCUUGGAAGUAAUGUGGAUGGCCUUCAAUGUCUGAACCAAAGUCCACAGAGUCCCCGGAGGAGAGAGCAGUGAAAGUGGAGGAGGAGGAGAGAGCAGUCAAAAUGGAGGUGGAGGAGGAGGAGAGAGCAGUCACAGAGGUGGAGGAGGAGGAGAGAGCAGUCAACAUGGAGGAAGAGCGAGCAGUCAACGUGGAGGAGGAGGAGAGAGCAGUCAACGUGGAGGGGGAGAGAGCCGUCACAGAGGAGAUGGAGGAGGAGAGAGCCGUCACAGAGGAGAUGGAGGAGGAGAGAGCCGUCACAGAGGAGAUGGAGGAGGAGAGAGCAGUCAAAGUGGAGAUGGAGGAGGAGAGAGCAGUCAACGUGGAGGAGGAGGAGAGAGCAGUCAACGUGGAGGAGGAGGAGAGAGCAGUCAACGUGGAGGAGGAGAGAGCAGUCAAAGUGGAGGUGGAGGAGGAGAGAGCAGUCAACGUGGAGGAGGAGGAGGAGAGAGCAGUCAAGGUGGAGGAGGAGAGAGCAGUCAAAGUGGAGAUGGAGGAGGAGAGAGCAGUCAAGGUGGAGGAGGAGAGAGCAGUCAAAGUGGAGGUGGAGGAGGAGAGAGCAGUCAAGGUGGAGGUGGAGGAGGAGAGAGCAGUCAAAGUGGAGGUGGAGGAGGAGAGAGCAGUCAAGGUGGAGGUGGAGGAGGAGAGAGCAGUCAAAGAGGAGGUGGAGGAGGAGAGAGCUGUCAAAGUGGAGGUGGAGGAGGAGAGAGCUGUCAAUGAAGAAGAGGAGAACAGGGAAGUGUCUGCUCCAGACCUAGAGGAGGAAGAAGAGGAAGUAGAUAGUAUCACUAACCCAGGAGAGAUCUCCAACCCAGGUUCAGACAGUGAACCCAGUUCCACAGCAUCAGGAAACCAUAAACAACACAGACAGAGGACCUCAAGACAGAAACAUCACCACUGCAUGGACUGCUUCACUAGUUUCUAUGAUCCAGAGGAGUUGAGAAGGCACACUUGUAGGCCAAGACCUUGCACAGACUGCAGAGACUGUUUUACUUGUCCAACUCACCUCAAAUCUCCCCAUCAGAUUCACAAAAGAAAGAAGCCUCACCCGUAUGGUCAAUGUGCGGAGAGAUUUCAGACCCCGAGCACUUUGAAGAGGCACCAGCUUAUUCACACAGGAAAGAAGUCGUACCACUGCUUUCAAUGUAGGAAGAGGUUCCAUCGUGUAGACACCGUAAAGGCUCACCAGAGAAUACACACAGGGGAGAAGCCUUUUCACUGCUCCUUGUGUGGGAAGACUUUUGGUUGGUCAAUACAUUUGAAGAAACACCAGAAAAUACAUACAGAAGAGAAGCCUUUCCACUGCUCCCAAUGUGGGAAGAGUUUUAAUCAGUUAUCAAAUUUAACGAAACACCAACAAACUCACACAAUAGAGAAACCUUUUCACUGCUCCCAGUGUGGGAAGAGUUUCAGUCUGUCAUCAUAUCUGAAGAAGCACCAAAUAACUCACACAGAAGAGAAACCGUUCAGCUGUGAUCAUUGUGGGAAGAGUUUUAAAUUGGAAGGAAGCCUUAAGAGUCAUCAGAGAAUGCAUAGUGGAGAGAAGCCCCACCAUUGCUCCCAAUGUGGUAAGAGCUUCGGUCAGGCAGGAGACUUAAAGAGACAUCAGAGAAUACAUAGUGGAGAGAAGCCAUACCACUGCGCUCAAUGUGGAAAAAGCUUCAGUCGGUUAAAUGUCCUAAAGCAACAUCAGAGAGGACACACAGGGGAGAAUCCUUUCCACUGCUCCCAAUGUGGGAAGAGCUUCAGCGAGAAAGGAAAUCUAAAGCAACACCAGAGAAUACACACGGGAGAGAAGCCAUACAGCUGUGAUCAGUGCGGGACUUGUUUUAAAUGGAAAGAAAUGCUGAAAGAACAUCAAGAAGCAAUUCACAGUGCAGUGCCCAACACUGACCUUAUAAUGGAGCUGCCAAGCUGGGCAUCUACAUAUCUGACUAAUAUUGACUGACUGUUUUUGUAAUUAUUCUGUUAAACCUUUUUUUACAUGUACAGUGGGGAGAACAAGUAUUUGAUACACUGCCGAUUUUGCAGGUUUUCUUACUUACAAAGCAUGUAGAGGUCUGUAAUUUUUUAUCAUAGGUACACUUCAACUAUGUGAGAGACGGUUAGAGGCAGGGUAGCCUGGCGGUUAGAGGCAGGGUAGCCUGGCGGUUAGAGGCAGGGUAGCCUGGCGGUUAGAGGCAGGGUAGCCUGGCGGUUAGAGGCAGGGUAGCCUGGCGGUUAGAGGCAGGGUAGCCUGGCGGUUAGAGGCAGGGUAGCCUGGCGGUUAGAGGCAGGGUAGCCUGGCGGUUAGAGGCAGGGUAGCCUGGCGGUUAGAGGCAGGGUAGCCUGGCGGUUAGAGGCAGGGUAGCCUGGUGGUUAGAGGCAGGGUAGUCUAGUGGUUAGAGACAGGGUAGCCUGGUGGUUACAGGGUGUUACAGUAACACAGGGGGUUACAGUAACACAGGGGGUUACAGUAACACAUGGUUUUACAGUAACACAGGGUUUUACAGUAACACAGGGGGUUACAGUAAUAGUAUUACGUUAGUCCAUAACGAGGUAAUAUAAUGAGUUAUACUUUGUAUCUGAGUAAUAUGUAGAUGUAGUCAAGCCACCUAAACCUAGAUUCCGAGUAGAGUCCCUCGUGUUCUAGUGUGAGUCCUUUAUACUCCAGUCACGAGUCCCUUGGUAGUGUCAAAAGUUAUAGUCCAACCAUUUUUUUUAAAAGCUUGUUUUCAUUAGUGUUGUACAUUUGUAAGACUAAAUAUAUGUACCAUUUGCUGCUGUAGCUGGUAUGUUGAAUUAUGUUGACUUCUGACAACUGUCACCACUGAUUGAGUCACGAGUCGUGAAAAUCGUGACUUGAGUCUGAGUCAAGUCUGAGUCGUGGACUCGAGUAGUACGUUUUAUUUGUGCAAAUUGAUGUCAAUUCACUAGUGUCUGGGUUUAACACAUUAGUAACAUAACAUUUUACAGUAGUACUAUUACUGUAACAAAACAUUUUACAGUAGUACCAUUACUGUAAUAAAACAUUUUACAUUAAUACUAUUACUGUAACAACAUUUUACAGUAGUACUAUUACUGUAACAACACAUUUUACAGUAGUAAUAUUACUGUAACAACACAUUUUACAGUAGUACUAUUACUGUAACAACACAUUUUACAGUAGUACCAUUACUGUAAUAAAACAUUUUACAUUAAUACUAUUACUGUAACAACAUUUUACAGUAGUACUAUUUUACUGUAACAACACAUUUUACAGUAGUACUAUUACUGUAACAACACAUUUUACAGUAGUACUAUUACAGUAACAAAACAUUUUACAGUAGUACUAUUACUGUAACAAAACAUUUUACAGUAGUACUAUUACUGUAACAAAACAUUUUACAGUAGUACUAUUACUGUAACAAAACAUUACACUAAUACUAUCACUAACAUUUUACAGUAAUAUUAUUAAUACUAUUAAUUACUAUUGAAAUACUAUUAUUU